AGGGGGCUGGUUCGGACAUGGGGCACCUCCGGACAAUUCAAAUUUACCGCCAAAUAAUAAUUCUAGAAUAACCAAUCCCGGCCAAUCACAUCAGUGUAUCAUUAAUAGAAGUUGCAAGAAAAUUAUAUUCCGAUAAAUUGCAAAUUGCAAACGUUAUAUGCCAAAGUGUUGAUAAGUCGUUUGUGCUAUAAGGUCAACGUGUCUGCUAGUAAGGUCCUGUACCCAAGUUUUGAAAGUCAGGAUGGUGCGAACGUACAAAAAAAAACGACCCAACCGACCAGAAAUUCCAAGUAAUGUCUUAAAAGACGCAGUACGAAAUGUAAUCAACAAAACCAUGUCUCUAAGAGCUGCUGCCAUUACAUUCAAUAUACCGAAAUCCACACUCUUCGAUAGUGUCGCCAAAGCUAAGAAGAGGCUCAACGAUGACGCCAGUGAUUCAGGAAAUGAGGGUGAUGAUACAGCAGAACAGGACAGUGUAUCAAAAUACGCCACACGGCAAGUUUUUUCUCAAAAUGAGGAAGCUGAGUUAGAGUUGUAUCUCAUAAAGUGUUCAAAAAUAUGUUACGGGUUGACAUAUAAACUUUGCCGUGAAUUGGCUUUUGAAUACGCCACUAAGUUGGCUAAAAAAUGUCCAAAAAGUUGGGAGAUUAACAAAACAGCAGGGAUUGACUGGAUGCAAUCUUUUAUGAAACGUCAUCCAAGGCUUUCCAACCGCAAACCCGAAAAUACAAGCAUAGCAAGAGCUUCGGCUUUCAACAAAACUAAUGUGGACGAAUUCUUCAAAAACUAUGCAGAAGUACAGGCUAAAUACAGUUUUUCACCUGACCGUAUUUGGAAUAUAGAUGAAACAGGUAUUACAACUGUUCUCCAAGCACCGAGAGUUAUAGCGGAAAUAGGUUCCAAAGCAGUUGGACAGUGUGUAUCUGCCGAGCGGGGAUCUCUAGUCACAAUGUGCGGAAUAAUUUCAGCAGUUGGUGGGUCAAUUCCACCUCUUUACAUCUUCCCACGUAUCAGAAUGAAGGAUCAGUUUUUGUACGGUGCUGUUCCAGGAGCCGUUGGAUUUGCUGAGAAAUCUGGAUGGAUGUCUGCGAAUAUAUUUCUGAAAUUGUUAGAGCAUAUUAAGACACAUACAAAUUGCAAUCCCUUGAAUAGGAUUCUGAUCUUGAUGGACAAUCAUGAGACACACGUCUCCCUAAAUGCCAUUUUAUAUGCAAGAGAGCAUGGAAUUGUAUUGCUGUCGUUCCCUCCGCACUGCACCCAUCGGAUGCAGCCCCUGGACAAGGCAGUGUUUGGUCCUUUCAAAGCCAAGUGUAAGGCAUCUUUCAAUGACUUCAUACUGUCAAACCCUGGUAAACCGAUUACCAUUUAUGAUGUUGCUAAGUUGACAGCUCAGCCGUAUUUGCAAACAUUCACUCCUUAUAACAUUAUUAGUAGUUUUAAGAGCACUGGGUUAUGGCCUAUCAACUCAUUAGCAUAUACAGAUGACGAUUUCUGUGCCUCGUUUGCUACAGAUCGUCCCGAUACAAGCCUUGUUGUUCAGUCCAACUUCAAUAAUGAAGUGCAAGACCAUGAUGUGGAAGCAAUGGCCAGAAAUAUUAUUGAAGACAUUGUAGAUGAAGCUACCAAACCAAGGAUUAAAAUUCUAUCCAUGGUGACUGUAAAGCCUAUUGAUGUAAAACCAUUACCUAAGGCUUGUCCUCGAAAAACUACCAGGAAAUCUAGAGUAGGAAAGUCAAGAAUAUACACCAGCACUCCUGAAAAGAACAGAAUUGAUGAAUUGGAAAGAAUAAGACAGUUGAAGCUGAAAAAAACUGAUACUAAGAGAAAACUGGUGUCAGAAAUUACAGAAAAGAAAACACAAAAUGGCAAAUCAAAGAAGAAGAAAUAUAGGACUAAACGGCAGGUUCUAGAUGAUAUUUCUUCCUCUGAUUCUGAUACAGACAUGCCAUCAAAUUUCAUAGGCAAGAGCUUUAAAAACGAUUUAUCUGAUUCUGACAUCGACUUAGAUUUUGAAGAUAACAAUGGCCAGAUUAAUGAACUUUUGCAUGAUGAAAAAAUCCUUGAGAAGGACUAUGUGUUAGUGAAGUUCGCGACAAAAAAACGAGUAGUACAUUAUGUUGGAAAAGUAGUUGAAGUACUAGGAGACGAUGAGUUCCAAGUGACAUUCUUGAAGAAGUCACCGCGGGGAUUUGUAUUUCCACAAAUUAAAGAUAUUUCUACUGUUGAAAGAAAGGAUGUUGUGUCAAAGUUGGCUAAACCCUCAGCAACACCAGGAACAUCAAGGAUGGCAUCCUAUCUUCAAUUUAAUGUAAAUUUUUUUGGUUACAAUGUUCAAUAAAAUUAUAAAUACCUACUAAUUUUGUAUUUUUCUUGUUUAAUAAUUUUAAUUUUGAAAAGGUUCUUAAAAAAAUAAACUUGUCCGAAACUGCCCCGGCCACGUCCGAAACUGCCCCAUCAUGGGGCAACUUCGGACAAUUACAUAAUUUUACAAAACAUUUUUUUUUAUAAAAAAUUAUUAAGUGCUUUGAUUAGAUUUCACAGGACACUAUGAAGUGAACAUAGCUCUACUCAUCAUAUUUUUUGCAAAUCGUUAUGUAAGAAAUCAAUGAAUAUACAGCAGUUUGAAAAAAGGUGUCCGGACCUGCCCCCUUCUC